CUCUUAUACACCUAGUACCCACCCUCAUUUUGUUUUUAUAUCUUUAUCUUAUGACGAUAUUAGGUUUACUAGGACUUGACUUUUAUAUUUUAAAUUUAUAAAUAAGAUAGUAGAAAAGUAUUGUUUCGAGAAAUCGAUUAAUUAUACUAAUCGUUUAAAAUGAAUAUAAAAAUAACGACUUUUACAAAUCCUUUCUCAUUUUUUUGUGUUGCUAAAGAUUUUAGUGAAAAUUGUUUUAAGCUUGAAAAUCACUCUGAAGUGAAUCAAUUUUCAGUAAAUAAGAAUAAAAUUACAGAGGCCAACCAUGGUCAAUAUGUUGCUGUUAUGUGGGAAAAUAAGUGGACUCGGGGUAUAGUUUCGAUGGAAAAACAGUUUUUGAUAUGGUUGAUUGAUUAUGGAAUAUUUUUGCGUCCAAGUGAAAAAACUGUUUUUAUAGAUCUUCCAUUAGAAUACAGAAAAUUACCAACGAAAGUAUUUGAAGCGAGUAUACAUGGUGUCGUACCAAUUGACAAGUUUCUAUUUUGCCAGAUAUUGACAGAUGAUUGUCAAAUUAAGAAUAAAGCAACUACAUCUUGGACCCAAGGUUGCAUAGAAAAAUCUCAGCAACUUAUAAAAAAUGCCUUGAGAAUUUAUUUUCAGCCAAUAGCUCUUUUAACAACAUUGCAUAAUCAUGUGGUCAUCGGAGAUCUAUUUCUUGAAAUUCAAGGAAAAGGAGUUGUCAACAUAAUAGAUGAGUUAGAAAGUUGGCCAGUGUUUCUCGCAAAAAAUCAAGAAACUUAUAUAACUAUUUUCACAAAACUAUAUGUAAGUCGCAGACGUCACCGUGCUUGUUUGCUGAAGCCAGAUAUACCUGAUUUUAAUGUGCCUGAAAUAACAUUGCAAAUCAAUUUGCAAGAAUAUGAAGAUAUUUUAGAAACUUCAAAUAGUGAAACUGUUGUAAACAAAUCAGAGUCACUAUUUGAAGAUACUGAAAUUUUAUCUUCAGGUCAAUAUGAAGACAAAAGUGCUUUUAAAAUUUCUCCAUCAGACAUAGAAAAAUAUUCUAACAGUUAUGUGACUCUAAAUGGGAAAAAAUAUAAUGUUUUAAGUGUUUUAAUAAAUAAAGCCAGAGAUUUGAGUAUAUGUGAACACUACAAAGAUUAUGAUCUCAAGUCUGUUGGCAGAGGAUACUCAUACAGGCAAUCAAAUGCUUCUCCUUAAUGCUUUAUAAUAUUUUGAUUCAACAUUGUUAUUGUUUUGCAUCUGAAGUAGAUAAGAAUAUUAUAUAAACCAUU